UUCGGCGGCUGACUCAGCGCUUGGCAGACCCACCGCCGACGACGGCGCAAAACAACAACUGGAUGAGCUGGGGAGCCUUGUUGUCUCCUUGAUUUCUCCGUCCGCAUCUUUCCCUCCCUGCAAUCGUGCUGUAUGCUUUCUCUUGACCACAGGCGAUCCCUUCUUUUCUACCUCUAAUUCAGAACAGACGUCCGUCAUACCGUCCCGCGCACCGGAUCGAUUCAUCAAGCUGCAUCUGCCGAUUCUAUAAAUAGACGGAUUCUUCAAACCGCAGACAUGGAUUUCUCCAACAUCUUUCGGAUUGUGAACAUCGCCGUGGGCGUGAUCAUGGUUCUGGGCGGCAUCGCUCAGUUCUUCCCCCCGUCCAUGGGCUCCAUCAUCGUUGGUGCCUAUGUGAUUGUCUUCGGCCUUCUUGUUGGUGGCCUGGAAUUCCUGCCCACCGUCCCUGACUACGUGUACCGUUACGCUUCGUUCCUCUUCUCUUUCCUCGGCCGGGGCGCUUUCUACAUCUUUGUCGGAUCGAUCAUGCUGCACGGUCACGUCCUGCGCUACAUCGCCGGUUCGCUGGUCGGCUUCGUCGGUGUCGGCUACCUCGCUCUGGAAUUCGUUCCCUCGAUCGAGCCCCCUUCGAACAUGCGCGAGUCCGACCAGGGCUGGGGCGCUGAGCAGGUCUAAUCGACCUUUUGUGGAAAAUGAACCAGAACGCGGUGAUCUCUAACAAGAGAUUAAACCGCAUGACUUGAUCGUCGGCCCGAAAAGAAGAGAUGGUGAUAGGCAUGGUGGAGCGGUUUCCUUAACGCUAUCGAUGUACGACGUACGACAAGUGCGAUGAUACGAUAAUUCUUUUUCCUUCAUGGUGAUGUUUUGGACUUGGACUCCUGACGUGGCAUGAUCUUGACUUGGACUAGCAUUGUCAUCUCCGGAUGGACUUAUACCGAUAUCUAUUUUGUACUUUUGAUUGUCUGUAUCAAUAGUAGAUAAUUGCAUCUUCAUCCGUUUAUGGGUUGGUAUA